AUGUCUGGAUUAUCAUGGGAUUACAUUGCCAAACUCGUCUGUAUUGGCGAUAGCGGGACUGGAAAAUCAUCACUCACAGUUCGACUUUGCGAGGGCCGUUUCUCUCCACAUCAUGAUGUUACCAUUGGAGUCGAAUUCGGAUCGAGGAUUAUCCCAGUUGGUCCUCCAAAUUCCGAAGGCUUCAAACCGAAAUCGAGUAGUACUCUAGACGAAGAGCCAAUACCGAAAACUUCAGCGGCAGCGUCGGAUGUGCUGCAGAAAAAUAUGAAGCUGAGUUUAUGGGAUACAGCAGGACAGGAAACUUAUAAAAGUGUAACGAGGAGUUAUUUUCGUGGGGCGUCGGGCGCCUUGCUUGUAUUCGAUAUCUCACGGCGGCCGACAUUUGAUCAUGUUACGGACUGGUUGAACGAUUUGCGACAGAUUGCCGAGCCGGAUAUAGUUGUCGUGUUGGUAGGAAACAAGAGUGAUUUGGCCGUAGGCGAAGAGAACAAACGAGAGGUUAGCGUAGAAGAAGCAGAAGCUUGGGCAAAACGAAAUGGCGUAUUGGAAUAUGUCGAGACAAGUGCGAAGAGUGGCGAAGGAGUGGAAAAUGCAUUCGCAAGAGUCGCUGAAAGGAUAUAUAUGAAUAUCGAAGCCGGGAGAUAUGAUUUGAACGACAGGAGAUCGGGAGUGAAAGGACCUGGUGCUGGAGGUGCUAAAACGAACGUUAAAUUGGCUCCUCAAAAAGCUACGGGGGGUGGUUGUUGUUGA